CUUAUUAAGUUCGCUUAUUUUAUACUAUAUAAAAAAAUAAAUAAUAUUAAAAAAAUAAUAUAUACCUUUUUUAAAAUAAUUAUUAUUAACUACGGUUUACUUAAAGAAAUAGUUUUUAAUAAAAAUAAGUUAUUUACCGUUAAGUUUUAA